CCGGUGCUGAGCAGCCGCCGCCGGCUCCGAGCGGGGUCUGCGGGCCCCCCGUGCCCGGCGGGACCCCCGGGAUGGCCUCGGGCAAAGCUGCGGGGGAGCGGCGCUGGGAGCUGGUGCGCUGGUACGUGCGAGAAGGCCGCUUUCGCAUUGAGGAGAGGACGCUGACGGCUUUCCAGUGGCUCUACUCACCCCACCAGCACCGCAUCGUCAGCCGGGCAGACCUGGGCUCCCCCAGCAGGAUCGACAAGACAAUGCUGGCCAGCCUGAAGAUCAAGAAACAGGAGCUGCUGAACAGCGCGGAUGUGACCGCCCCGGAGCGGCCGCUGUCCCCGCCGCUCACGGCCCCGCCGACCAUGAAGUCGGCAGAAUUCUUCGAAAUGCUGGAAAAAAUGCAGGCACCAAAACUGGAAGAACAGAGGUCGGGAAGCCAAAAACACAAGGAAGACUACAUCCCAUACCCCAGCAUCGAUGAGAUCCUAGAGAAGGGUAGCCCAUACCCGCUGAUCAUCCUGCCACAGUUUGGGGGGUACUGGAUAGAAGACCCAGAAAACCUUGGCACGCCCACCUCAUCUGACAGCAGCAUCUGUGAGGAGGAGGAGGAAAACCUCAGCCCCAGCACCUAUGGCUACAAGCUGGAGUGCAAGGGAGAGGCCAGAGCCUACCGCAAGCAUUUCCUGGGGAAGGAUCAUUUAAAUUUCUACUGUACAGCCAGCAGCCUUGGAAAUCUGAUCCUUUCUGUUAAAUGCGAGGAGACAGAUGGCACGGAAUAUUUAAGGGUUAUACUCAGGUCCAGAGUGAAGACAUUGCAUGAAAGGAUUCCAUUGGCAGGAUUCAGCAAACUUCCGAGCAUCCCCCAGAUUGCAAAGGCCUUCUGCGACGAUGCCUCCGGGCUGAAGUUUAACCCGGUUCUCUACCCCAAGGCGUCCCAGAUGAUAGUGUCUUAUGACGAACACGAGGUCAACAACACUUUCAAGUUCGGUGUGAUCUAUCAGAAGUUCAGGCAGACCCAAGAGGAGGAGCUGUUUGGCAAUAAUGAAGAGAGCACUGCCUUCAAGAACUUCCUAAGUUUCCUGGGAGACACCAUAACUCUCCAGGACUUCAAAGGUUUUCGAGGAGGCCUGGAUGUCAGCCACGGGCAGACGGGAGCGGAGUCUGUGUACACGGUGUUCAGGGACAGGGAGAUAAUGUUUCAUGUCUCUACAAAGCUGCCUUUUACCGAAGGAGACACACAACAACUCCAGAGGAAGAGGCACAUUGGCAACGACAUCGUGGCAAUUAUCUUCCAAGAGGAGAACACGCCAUUUGUCCCAGACAUGAUUGCCUCCAACUUCCUGCACGCCUACAUUGUGGUGCAGGUGGAAAACCCCAAGGCGGAUAAUGCAGCCUACAAGGUGUCAGUCACGGCCCGGGAAGAUGUUCCCUCCUUUGGCCCACCCCUGCCGAGCCCACCGGUGUUCCAGAAGAGCCCCGAGUUCCGGGAGUUCCUGCUGACCAAGCUCAUCAAUGCUGAGAACGCCUGCUGCAAGUCCGACAAGUUUGCGAAGCUGGAGGACCGGACACGGGCCGCCUUGUUGGACAACCUCCACGACGAGCUCCACGGGCACACUCAGACCAUGCUGGGGCUGGGCCCCGAGGAGGACAAGCUGGAGAAUGGGGGUCAUGGAGGCUUUCUGGAGUCUUUCAAGAGAGCCAUCCGGGUGCGCAGCCACUCCAUGGAGACCAUGGUGGGCAGCCAGAAGAAGCACCACGGUGGUGGCAUCCCAGGCAGCCUCAGCGGGGGCAUCGCGCACAACAGCGGCGAGGUGACCAAGACCACGUUCUCGCCCCCUGUCCCAGCUGCUGCUGCCAAGAACCAGUCCAGGAGCCCCAUCAAGCGCCGGUCAGGGCUGUUCCCUCGCCUGCACACGACAUCGGAGAGCCAGGCAGAGAGCAGGACAAGGUGCGACAGUGUUUCUGGAGCCCAGAAGACACCGGAUUUGGGACAUUCUUCCCAAGAGAUGAAAUCUGAAACCUCAUCCAACCCCAGCUCCCCUGAAAUAUGCCCCAACAAAGACAGGCCUUUUAUCAAACUGAAAGAGAACGGGCGGUCGAACAUCUCCCGUUCCUCCUCCAGCACCAGCAGCUUCAGCAGCACGGCGGGGGAGAGCGAGACCCUGGAGGAGUACGAGAGCGUGGGAAGCCAGCCCUCCACCGCGUCGCCAUUCAAGCAGGACGUGUUUGUCUACAGUGCGUCACCCGGCAGUGAGAGCCCCGGCGUGGGGGCCGCGGCCACCCCCGUCAUCAUGAGCAGGAGCCCCACAGCAGAUCUGAAGAACAGAAACUCUCCAAGGUCCAACCUGAAGUUUCGCUUUGACAAGCUCAGCCAUGGCAGCUCCAUGAGCCACUAGCAGGAGGAAGCGAUGAAUUUGUCACCGAAUGCUUCAACAAAGGGAAAAAUCUUCAACACCCCAUGGGACCACGCACGCCCUGGCCACGGGCAGCGAGGGGCCCUGGCUCACUGGCUGCCCGCUACACCAGAAAAGAGCUCUCACCUUGCUACAGCCCUGUGCUGACAGGGACUGCCACCCUCUCACCUGUGUCCCCUGUCCAGCACACGCCCCCCGUGCAGGAGGGGAUGUGUGACUGUGCUGCACACACGUGUGGCCAGGGCCACGUCCCCCUCUGGUGCCGUGCUGGGUCACACGUGUGCUGCAGCUGGUGGGCACCGUCUGUUCCGCCCAUCCCUGCCUUGCCUGGCAGCUCCUUUUGGGCAGAGGGGCAGCAGGGGAGACCUCUGCAUAGUUUAGGUCCCUCCAUGCUUUAUUUGCAGCUAUCAGUGGGGAAACAGGGGUUUAUGUUUGUUUUUUGAAGGGUGGGAGGUGAGGCCAAAGUUAGGUGUUAGUGGCUCUGGGGCAGUUUUCCCUCCAUCGUUUGCUGUUGCUCUUCUCUGGUGGCGAUGGGGAAAAACCUCCCCAGGGGGGUUCCUGGGAAGCUCUCCCUGCGAUGGGGUCUGCAGUGUCUCUCCAGCCAUCCCUCAGCUCCUCAAAACUCUUGGAGCAGCGGCAGCCCCUCCGUCCAAAGUUGCUCAGUUUGUUGCACAAGCGGCAGGUGAGAGACUUGGCCCAGGGGCAGGAGCUGGGGACCGCAGCCAGCUCAUCCUCCUUGGCAGGUUCCUCCUCCCUGCUUUGUCCCUGCCUGACACUGGGCACUGGCCUGGGAAAGGUGACCCAAAGCUAAAGCUGCGGUGUAUCACAGCUGUAGCUUUUCUAAGUACUAGAACUGGAGCCAGAUUUCCCUGCUGGGCUCUGCUUUGCCCUAUGGCUUUGAUCACCAGGCAAGCAAACGCGUAAAACUCCGGUGAUUUGUGAAGCAUUAUCCUGCUCCGGCCCUUGCAGAGUCUGUCCUGCUGCUUUUGAGCAAGCUCUUGCAAUUCUGAAAGGAUUAUAGAUUCUGCAAGGUAACUUUCCCAUAAUGCCCUUGCCCAGAAAAUACCUCUCUCAACAUGCCAAGAGAUCCUUUUGCUCCUUUAUGGAACUUCAUGUGAAGUUUCCUGAAGCCUGUCCGUAAAUUUCACAUUGCUCGUAAAUUUCCCUCACCCAUUUUUUGGAAGACAGGCCGUGAUGCUGCAGAGAUAUUCCCCCCUGUCCCCCCAGCCUGUGACCUUUGGGAAACCCUCAUGAAAUCAGGUUCUCAAGUCUCAAGUGAACACAGUUCUUCGAGUUUGUGAUUCCUACUGAAAACAGGACUUUGAGUGCCAAAGUCACCUUCACCCAGUGGGUUCUUCAAGUGGCACAAAGUACCUGAGAGCCUGUUCCAGGGGGCAGGUGCAGAAUUGUGCCCCUGGAGCAGCCCUGGGCCCCUCUCUCUGGGGCAAGUGCUUCAAUCGUCACCUCCCCUCCUCCCUGUCACCUCCCGGGCCAGCGACAAGCCAAGGCUGGCAGAACCUGCUCUGCUCACCCUGGUCCUGCAGGGAGGUGCUUUCCGAGAGCCUUACGAUCCAGUUCACGUGGGUGCUCUGCUCAUGCUGUAAUUAAUCCAUGUGGGAAGGCUGCAGCUACAAUGGGAUGGGAACCAGGUUAAAGGAGAACAGUUGUGGAAAGGCAGGGAACAGUUUCACCGGCCCUAGGUGCUGUGUAGGACUAGCAAAUAUCAAUAACUCCCAUGGGGACGCUCCCUCCUGCUCCCAGCCAGUUCCAUUUCAAUGGAGUUUAAACCUUGAGUUUCCUUUGGGAGAGGAGCGUGCAGUGUGCUCAGCACAGCCUGUAGCUGUAGGUGUCUCAGGAUCACACACGUUGCUGUUCGGCACUCGUCUGAUGAUGCUUCAGUAGCACUUUCAAGCCCAUCCCUAAUUCUCCCCUUAGAAGCUUUGGUCUGAUUUCCUGAGGCUGCGCAGAGAAACACUGACUGGUGCAAUGACUUGCUCCCAGGGUCUGCUCUGGGUUUGCUUUUUCCUCUGAGAAGUCACUUGUUUCUGUAGAUGUUGUCAUUCCUAUGGGUGUUGAUCUCUGUGAGAUCUUUCAGCAGAUGAUGCAGUGGCUACUGUCAGCUGGUUUGCCAUUUUUUGGUUGUUUUGUUGCUUUUUUUUUUUUUCACUUGAAACUGUGGCUUUCCUUUUUGACCUAGAUUGAUUUGGGAAUUAUUCAGAUGGGACUAUCAGGCAGAACAGUGUGAAGCCUCAGGGAGAGUUGCAGUGUUCUGGACGUGUCUCUCCUGCACCAGCUGCUGGAGCAGCGGUGGGGCCGGGGGCUGGCGCGAGGUCUGCCAGCAGCUCCUGCGGGACAUUUCCAGCAGCACUCCUCACCUAACACCUGCUCUACAUCCCUAGCAGCAGCUGGGGUUUGGCCCAGGGGCUGGCCUGAGCCUCCCGUCCCGCAGUGUCCGGGAUUGUCCUGGGGCGGUUCUGGGGCUGAGCACUGCCUCUGUUACAUCCCGGGGACUUCUGCACUUCCAGCAGUGGGUGAAGCUGUUCCUGUAUAUAUUUCGCAAAAUGUUUUGUGCUUAUAAGUGACACACAUCUAUACAUAUAUAAAAGGGAGAUAUAUGUGUAUAUAUAUAUAUAUGUAUUUUACAUAUAUAUAUAUGUAUACAGUUUAUAUAUACAGUUUCCAUGUACACAGCUUCUGCCCUCCUCCGAAGCGACACUGCAGAGGGAGCAGAGGGGGCUCAGAACUGCCGUAGGGGUGAUGGGGAAGCCCCCGCUGUGUGGAGAGGUCUCUGUUGCUGGGCGCUGCUCCCCCUCCUGCCGGGGUUUCGGUCCCGCCUGCUCCGGGUGCAGCCCGGCUGUCCCUUGGCUCAGACCGGCUCCUGGGCUGGCUCAGAGGCAGCGGCAGCUCGGGGGCAGCUCCGCAUCUGGUGCCGCUGGCUCCGGGUCCUUGUGCAGAGCGGGCCGGGACCCUCCAGCAGCAUCCCCCCAUCAGCGCUGGCAGAGCUGCUGCUCCGGCCGGGCUUCCCUUCAGAAAAGCACUUGGCACGUACUUACGUCUUCUUGAAACCCCACAGAGCCAAAGCACAACACAGAAGUGCUUUUUUUUUGCUUUUUUUUUUUUUUUUUCUUCUUCUUUUCUUUUUUGCCUUUUUUUUUUUUUUUUUUUCCUGAGGGAAGCAGAGGAUCCUAAGCACAAACUCAGUUUCUUUCCAGAGUUUUGAGGGUCCUCGAGAACGGCAGGUAAGGCGCCAAGAGAUGUUUUUGGCACCGAGGGGCCGUGCCCGGGGCUGUGAUCUCUCGGCCGCGGGAGGGGCUCGGUGCCGGUACCGGUGCCGCUCCCGGAGCCGGGGCAGUGCCCUGCGGGUCCCACCUGCGCUCCCGCUGCUCCGCCGCCGCCCCGGCCGCUGCCCCGGCCCCCGCACGCUCCCAUCGCCGUCCGUGAAUGUAGCACUGCCUAUGUCCUGCAAAGGGAAAUGCUGGAUUUGUAUCAGAGAAUGUGAAGAGAGUUGAAGAGUGCAAAUAAAUCUUGAAGAAAUGUAUCUGACAAAGUUUAUUUUUGAUGUAGAGAGGCAGUGCUUUGUAGUUUCUGGUGACCUAUGUCUGUUGUAAAUAAUGUAUAUUUAAUUUAUUGCUAUGGUAGCAGAUUGUUAUGUAUAAAAUGAAAGGUUCACAAAUGUAUAUUUUGUUGCUUAAAUG